GCCGCAGAUUGAUAUUGCUUCAAUAAAGCCCAUUAAUGGUCGCUUGCAGCACAUAUAGGCCAACAGCUGUGUAUAGUAAGAAUUGUUGCAAUCACAUAGUAAACUAAUUGCGAUUUGCAAUUACAGAGACCGUAUGAUGGUAUGUGUAUCGGUCGCAGAUAAGAGCGGUGGAUAAGGUUUUGACCUGGUUGGGACUUGGCUGCUUUGCAGUUUACAUAUCGGAAAAGGAUCAUCGAAACAAAGAGAUACGAACGUUCAUAUUUCGAUGAACAGAGACAUACACUGCUCUAAAAAUAUCAGUUCUUGAUGUUAUUCGAGUCGCGCCGUCUAUGUGAAAUUCAAGAGAGCUUCAUUGACGGCAGGCAUCAUCAAGCGCUUGCCGAGGCCCUCCAACUUGCUUUUGAAGAUCCUGGGAACUUGGAUGCGCUGAUUUUGGCAGGCAAUCUGGCGGAGCAGAUCAAAUGUCGACGCCGUGACUUUCUCAGUAUCUUUCCUGUUGAGAUCACAUCGCAGAUAUUCAAUUACUUAACGACAGCUGAAGUUGCGAACCUCCAAUUGGUCAGUCGAGCUUGGCGCAAUUUCGUGCUCAACAGAGCGCCUCAACUCUGGGAAGUUCUUGAUUUUAGGACUUGCAGAGGACCCUCCGUGGCGGAUGAUGCGUUGCAAGAAUGCGUACGUCGUGCAAGAGGACGAGUGCGCGUUAUAUGUUUGCCGAAUCCGGCAGAGCGAGAUUAUCAGUGCAGUGUCGUGGUCACGCGGAACAGCCGGCUGCUUCGCGAUAUGUUCAGGUUGACUACCGACGAUCUGGAAAGAGUUCGUCUGCUAACCAAUCUGAAAGAGCUUCACAUCGAAAGUUAUACUGAGCUGUUUUCAUCAACCAUCUCGUAUUUUGACGACAUGGUAGACUUUCUUGCACGGUUGGAAAAGCUGACAAUUGAGAUUACCAAUCUAUCGGAACUACUCGAUAUCAUUGAUGCGGGUGCUCCGGUCACCAAUUUACAUACAUUGCGAGCAGUGUAUAGUAGGUGUACGCCUACAGCAUCGGAGAAGAAAAUAGAGCUAUUGACAUGCCGCAAUCCCUUCCGCGAGAAUGCGCUUAAUAACCUACGACGACUGGAGAUUAGUGGAUAUAGAUGGAGAGAGAUGGACGAUGAUGGUGCCGCGGUGAAGUUUCCAAGAGGAUCGAUUGUGAUUGGGCAGCUCGGGAUGAUGCGACUGAUAGCUAUGGCUACCGGAUUAAGGUGGUUUGCGAUGACAAAUAUUGUGAUUGAGAGUGAUGGGCGUGUGGGUCACUAUCCGCUAGAUUUUCGCUGCUGCAGUGUGCUCGAGGAAGUCAGCAUACGAUGGGGCAGGUUUGAGCACUUACCGGCGUUUCCGGCGAGUACGAAGCGCCUGGCACUGGAUUUUUGCACUAUCGGAGAUCCGCGACUUCCGCUGCCGACCACCGCACAGCUCGCCGUCAACGACCAGUUUCAUGCAGAUGCAGCAGUAGAGACUCUGAGUUUACAGGGGACUUUGGAUCCUCAGCGUAACAUCUACUGUGCGUUAUCAGCGGAUUCAGCGCGUCAGAUGCAUGAACUGCUUACGGGGAUUUUAGGCACAUAUGGGGCAAAGCGGACGCCUUUGUGCACUCUCGACCUGUCUUCAUGCCCCGGUCUCCGCUUCCCAGCCGCGGCAGCUGCUAUAUUUUCAUCGGCGCCUGAUCUUACGGUACUACAGCUUCGGGGGGUUGCAGGGUCUACGAGAGAACAAGCGCAGUCAAUCAUGCGACUGAUUCUUCCAAGUAUUGAGGUGGAGUGCUAUUGAGAAGAGAAUGAACAUGAUAUGACGUCAGAUGGGCCCAUCUCACGAUUAGAAGAGUAAAACAAGCUAUAGAGAUUCCGACCAGUAGGUGUCACAUGAUAAUCUGUUCGCGCGAUCGGAAGCGUCGGGAGAGUUGCGGCUACGAACAGAGUGUUCUAGCAACCUGCGCUAAGAGCCGGGAGCAUCUCGCUUAGUGCCCUAACCCCACGUCGUGGCAACUUCAUCGUGGUCCGACUACUCCUGUGACGUCACAGCGCUUUCAUAGAUUUUUCUUCACCACAAACUGU